UCAAACUUUGGGAUAGGUACAGUAAAUAAAAUGAAACGACAUAGAUUCACAAUAAUCAGUCGCUUUCAAGCCGCUGGUCCAAGGUAAUAAUGUCUUUGAAGGGCAAAGUUGUUAUUAUAACCGGUGCAAGUGCCGGUAUUGGUGCUGCAAUCGCUAUUGAAUUUUCUAAAAAGAGUUCCGAUGUAAUUCUUGUGGGAAGAAACGAGACUAGACUCAACGAAGUUGCCUUGCAGUGUGAAGCAAAUGGAUGUUGUCCGACUGUCAUAAACGCAGAUAUAACAGUUGAUAGCGAGGCAGCAAGGGUCAUACAAGAAACUGUCAAAAAGUUUAAUAAAAUUGAUAUUUUGAUAAACAACGCUGGAAUUCUACGGAAGAGUAGUCUUAUAGACGGCAGUUUCUUAGAAGCAUUUGAUGAAAUUCUCAAAUUGAACUUGCGAGCUGCGGUGAAUUUGGUAAAUCUGGCAACCCCAUACCUAAUUGCAAGCAAAGGAAAUAUUGUCAAUAUAUCCGGUGUUGCAGGAAGGCAGAUACUUGGUGUAGAUUAUGCAGCAUAUAGCAUGUUAAAAGCUAGUUUAGACCACUUCACUCGUGGCGCUGCCUUAGAACUGGGGAAAUAUGGUGUAAGAGUAAAUACAGUUAGUCCAGGACCUGUGAAAACUGAGAUAUAUGACGGUGCUAGUAUCACUAUUGGUCAAGCAAAAGCAACCCUGAAAACUGCUCUUAAUCGUUGGAGUUAUCCAGAAGAAAUUGCUGAUGUUGUUUUGUUCCUGGCAAGUGACAAAGCUGUUGGUGUUACUGGUUCAAAUUACACGGUAGACAAUGGUCUUUUACUUAUGAAGUAAUUUUAACAUAUUGGGGUUAAAUAAUUGUCAAUCACAUUUUAUCCAAGCAUAUAUAUUAAAGGCUCUUUUGCUUAUAAUGAUUUAUAUAAAUAAUGUACUGUUGUAAAUCCUUACCAUAAUUAAAAGGCAAACAAAUACA